GGGAGAGAGUUGACCGGAGGAUAUUGUUAUUUACACCUUUGUCAGUCUGGUUGUACAUCAGCAUGAACAGGCGUAACUUGAAGAACGUGUUGGUGGUGUCCAUCGGGUUCCUCUCCCUGUUCACGGCGUAUGGCGGCCUUCAGAGUCUGCAGAGUAGCCUGAAUGCAGAGGAGGGGAUGGGUGUGGCCUCGCUGAGCGUCAUCUAUGCCUCCAUCAUCAUCUCCUCCAUGUUCCUACCCCCCCUUAUGAUCAAGAACCUGGGUUGCAAAUGGACCAUUGUGGUCAGCAUGGCCUGCUAUGUGUCCUACUCGUUUGGAAACCUCUAUCCUGGAUGGUAUACACUCAUCCCCACAUCUGCAAUCCUGGGUUUGGGGGGCUCCCCCCUGUGGUCGGCUAAGUGCACUUACCUGACCAUCUCUGGCAACCUGCAGGCUUCCAUUGAUGGCAAGAAGGGUUCAGACGUUAUCAACUCAUACUUUGGCAUCUUCUUCUUCAUCUUCCAGUCGUCUGCGGUCUGGGGCAACCUCAUGUCUUCCCUUAUCUUUGGACAGGAUUCCAAUAAAACUUCCAUCUCAGUGGAGAUGUUGCAGUACUGCGGAGCAAACGUGUGUGAUGUAACCCUCUCCAACACCACCACCCCCAAACCAGAACAGGAGCUUGUCCAUAUACUGGUGGGAUGCUACAUUGGAGUUGGGAUACUGGCUAUGAUCAUAGUGGCGGUGUUCCUGGACAACAUUGACCAGGAACAGACCAGACAGUUCAGAGGAAACAGGGAGCCCUUCUGCCAGACUUUCCUUUCCACGUUCAGCUUGCUCAAAGACCGGAGGUUGUUAAUGUUGAUCCCACUCACCAUGUACAGUGGCUUCGAGCAGAGCUUCCUCUCCGGGGAGUACACUAAGAACUAUGUAACUUGUGCCUUGGGAAUACAUUAUGUUGGCUAUGCAAUGAUCUGCUUUGGAGCUACAAAUUCAGUCUGUUCCUUUGCCUUUGGAAAGCUGGCAGAGUACACAGGCAGAGCUCCACUUUUCUUCUUGGCGGCCCUGACAAACCUCUCCUGUAUCCUGGCUCUCUUGUUCUGGAAACCAGAUCCUGGCCAGCUGCCUCUGUUCUUCGUGUUCCCAGCUCUUUGGGGCAUGGCAGACGCCAUUUGGCAAACCCAAACAAACGCCCUCUACGGAGUCCUUUUUCCAAGGGCCAAGGCAGCGUUCGCCAACUACCGCAUGUGGGAGUCUCUGGGCUUUGUCAUUGCCUUUGCCUACAGCACCUUCAUCUGUCUAGAGACCAAACUGUACAUCCUGCUCUCUGUCCUGCUGCUCACGGCUGUCACCUAUCCCGUUGUGGAGUAUGUAGAAAAGAACCCCACCCCGCCCAUUGAAGAGGGUAUCUACUCAAACAACAAGGAAGCCAAAGAAGGUGGCUCAACAUUUAUAAUUGCUGAGUUGAGUCUUUAAAGAACACUUUGUUCUUUCUUAAUUAGGACCAAAUCAAGGUCCAAUCCCUGGAGGCCACAUUGUGUGUUCCCUAGCAACUGUAUUUUAAUAUCUUAAAAACACAGAUGUGUGACAUUAGACCUAUAUACCUUUUUUGUCUAGAUAUUACAGCUACGAACUUCAGAUUUCAUAACUUUUGUAUAUGUAUAAAUUGUAUGAUAAUAUUUGUGCUUGCUAUGUUAUAUAUUAUUAUAUAACGCAUACAACAGUUCACAACCCUGUUGGUUUUGUACUGUUUGUUUGUUGUUUUAUUUAUAAAAAUAUAGGUUUUAUGUACCCUUUGAAUGGGGACAAAGGAAAAGGAUCCAACACUAUCAACUUUAAAUAAUACCGUUCUGACCGAGCAACUUGACUGGUCAACUCCAUUAGAACGUAAAACAAAUAUGCAUGACAGCACACCUUGCCGUGCUCAAAUAAAAAAUAACUUAUUACCAUGAACUCCACCACCAGCCGUAAACACAUUAAAAUUGGGUAUUGUUGUAAACGUUUUGUUUCAAAUGCAAAGAUUCAGCAUACUGAAUGAGGUUUUUUUCCUAUGCUCAAUAAAUUGAACAAAUUGGAUUUGCUUAUUUAUUUGACUAAAAGAUGGAGAAAAAAUAAAUCUUACUGCACACAUUAUUAUUGC